GCUGCGGGAAAUCCUUUUCAGCUCGUGUCCCCAACUAGACUCGCAGAUGUCUCGAGAUGUCCUGCGUUUUCCCGCAAGGCAAGUGCGCAAGUGUCUUCUUCCAAUGCCACCGUCAUUCCUACUCUGCUCAGGUGGGUUGACUAAAGCAUCUUUCAUUGAGCAAAAGCAAGAAUUUCCUCUGUCGACUUUCGCAAGUGACAUGUCGCGUUUGGGACUCCUUCCAAGCGGAAACGAUGCGGAUUUCUGAAAAGCUACGCGGGUUAUUCGUACGCAACCUGAGAACCCGCCAUGUGGACUCCGGCACUUCUCCUGUUUGCAAGUCUCUGUUUCUCGUUCCUCGACUUUCUCGCUGCUUCGGUGACACUUAAGAGCCCCGUCCUAGACUGUUGCCUGAGGCCUUUCUGGGGAAGCAGUCGGAAAUUGACUUCUACGGACGCGCUCGCUUCGCUUACUCCAGCGCUCUGCCCGGGAGGAGAGGCCUGGCUUCCCUUUCGUGGAGAAGGCGUAUCAGAGUCUUCGCGCGCAGAACAAAAUAGCCAAAAUGCGCCGUUUGUCUGUCCAGAAAACUCGCGAAAGGUUUUUAAACAAGCGUCUGCAGCCACUCCUAGACAGAGCAGCAGAGACAGCGGUCGAUCGCGUUGGCGCCUCCAACCGCAAAAGAAGCGACGCCAGUCUCGGCGUGCAUUUUCGUUUGUAUCGUCUUUGCAUGCUCCCAGAACUCGCAAGGAACGAAAUGGCAGAAUGGGGGAAUACACGCGUUGGCGGAAGAACCGGAGAGGAGCCGCCGCCGCGGAAGAAAAGGGGCAGGAGAGCGGUAUUUGGAGUCGCGAAGUCUGUUCGAACCUGCAUUUCUCUUUCCUGUCUUUCCUGGAUCGACCCCGUUGCUCUCCGCCAUUCAGUGCAAGACUUUCUUCGCCCUCUUUGUCUUCGAAUGAGUUCUUUCGUUACCACCACGCAGGUGUACAUACACCUAAACAGCUAGCCGCGUUCGCUUCCGGCGCUUGGCUUGUUUCUCGUGAACCUACCCGCCGUUUUCAAUGGCGGCGAGGACUGCACAACCUGCCAUUUCUCCUCGCUUCUCCCACAGGAAACCCGGGGCCACAAACGGCUUGUCGGUUGUCAGAAAGCACAGCUGUUCCUCCACGCCUGUCCCGCGCGGCCCUGGUCACAGUCGGGCAGAUCAGACGCGGGGGCCUUCCUGACAUGGCAGUGACCGAGGUGGAGUUCACAGGAUCCGGCUUUCAUGUAGGUGAAACUACCGCCCAUGCCUUGCGUGAAAAAGCCGCGUAUCUUCCCUCAGACCCGACAGACGCCGGAGAUUCGAAGGGCGGCACCGACACCGUCUACGCGCUGAGCAGCGGCGGCGCAGGUCACGCGUUUUCCCCUUCUGCUGUCGCUGUGUGGCGAGUUUCAGGCCCUCUGGCGCAUGCAGUGAUGCUCCUGUUGAUGGCGAAGCCGGCGAAUUCGGAAGAGAGAAAGACGAACGACGGAGUCGCUUCUCCCUACCCAGGCCCUCAGACAGAGCAGGGCUGUGCCGGCACAUCGACGGCAAACAAAGAGGAACGCGACUGGCGCCGAGAACGCCGAGACGACGUUUUCGGUGGCAAGGGGCCUCAGACACGAGAGCCGCAAGACCAUGCACAAAGCCAAGCCGAGAGAAAAGGACAACAACCUACGCCAAGGUUCCACCUACCGCCUCUGCCUCGCGAACGCGUUGCCACGUUCUGCAAAGCGUGGGAUUGCUUCAGCGGUGCGAAGCCCGUUCCCCUGGACGAUGUUAUUCUUCUUCGAUUCGACGCCCCGCGAUCCGCCACUGGCGAGGACGUCGUGGAAGUUCACUCUCAUGGAAGUCGAGCAGCGCUCUCGGCGCUUUUGCGUUUCUUCGAGGGGGUGCAGAACGCAAUCAAGUCUGUCUUGGCGGCCUAUGGGGGGGGAAGGAAAAGCAAAGAAUUCUUCGUUGACAACGGGGAAGAUGUGGAGAUGGACGAUCGCGCCAGGCUGCUAGAUCCCGGCCGCGAGGCGCGAGGAGUCCCGUCGCUUUCUGCCUCCCAGAAGGUUUCUCGAGACCGAGGAAACGAAGCAGAUGCCCGCGAGCAGACGCUGCGGGCCUCGCCACAGUCUGGCCUCGAAGUCGCCCUACGCGCGCUUCUCCUGAGGGCGAUCUGCGAAGGAAAAAAAGAGAGGAAAGAGGCGCGAGACAAGACAGAGACAAAGCCGACCGGGAAGGAAGACGGGGAGGAGAGACACCCGAAGGAAGACGGGGAACGGACUGAAAAGACCGAGUCGAGGCGGCUAGUCUCUGAACGGGGAAUAGAGAAACGUGGCAUCUCGCAGACCGAGCACCUCUCGAGAAAUGCAGAACAAAAUGAGGAGGACGAGGAUAUGCAACAGCAAGCAGACGGGGUCAGAUGGCUGAGCAGUGUCGGUGAUCUGCGUCCUGCGGAGGCCGGCGAAUUCACGCUUCGAGCUUUCCUCAACGGAAAAAUUGAGAGCGUUCAACAAGUGGAGGCUCUCGCUGAUCUGCUCAACGCCGACACGGUCGCCCAGCACCGGCUCGCGCUGCGCCGGCUGCGGCGCCACCCGCGCGAACUUCGAGACCUGCUGGAGAGAUGGAGAAAACUUUUGCAGGAGGCGCUGGCGUUUUCCGAGGCGGCUCUGGAGAUCGGCGACGACGCCCAGGAAGCAGACGCGGAGCUCGCGCGUGCAUGCGGCGCGCAGGACGCCGAGAAGCGCGUUCGCCGCCUGCUGCAGGAACUCCGGUGCCAGCUGGAACUUGGCAUGCGUGACGCGCUUGUGCAGACAGGAGUUACAGUCGUUUUCUGCGGCCCCACGAACGCAGGAAAAAGCACGCUGUUUAACAGUCUGGUUGGCCGCGACACUGCCAUCGUCUCGCCGAUCGCAGGAACGACGCGUGAUGUCCUGACAGCUCCGAUUCAGCUCUCCGGUUCCAAAGUUCUCCUCACAGACACUGCAGGCCUGAGGCCCGCGCGCGACUGGCGAGGCGGGGCCAGUGCCCGGGCUUCGGCGGCUGAGGCGGUCGCAGGGUUUGGAGCCCAAGCCGCCCGCGGAGACACCUGCGGGGGCAGGGGCAGGGGCAGCGAAGACUGCGUGCGCGCCCUCGACGACUCUCUUCCCGUUUACGCGGAAAAGGGAGGAGACGCGGCGCCCUAUAGACGAGCAGAUGCUGUCGCAUCUCUUGACGACGGAGACACGCCAGCCGUUGAUUGUGUAGAACGCGAAGGGAUGGCGCGAGCUGUGCGUACAGCGCAGGAGGCAGACGUUUUGAUUUUUUUGCUCGAGUGUCUCAGCAGUCGCGAGGAGACCCUGGAGCACGCCCGACGUUUCCUUCGCCUCUUUCGAGAGUCUUUUUCAGAGUCUCGGGACGCAGACCUCAGCGCUCGACCGCGCGCACGCAGAGUUUUUGUGGUGCUGAACAAAGUCGAUUUGCUUUUCGCUCUUCUGGAAAAUCGUGAACAGGGAGCCGGUUCUCAUGGGGACAGCCAGGGACCUCAGAACAGCGACGCGCAGGCUCGUGCGGCGCCUGCGAGUCUCGGUGUCGACAGCCUCACCAUGGCACGCAAGUUGGACGAGAGCCUGCCUCUCAAGUUAGAGAAUACUGCCUCGAAUCCGUCAGAGGCCUCAACCUCUCCCUCGUCUCCUUCUCUCUCUUCUUCGUUUUCUUCUCUUGUUCCACCGUCGCAGCUGUCUUCAGAGGGCGUGUCUGACUUUCUGGAGGAACUGGAGAAGGCCGUGAGAGAGGAAAUGCCGCCGUCGCUUCUGUCUUUUCUUCAGCCCGUUUCCGCAUGCUCGUCCUCGCACGGAGCGUCUUCGCGUGUGUUGCUGCUUUCCGGAAAACGCAAGUGGAAUUUAUCAGCUUUGCAUGCCCUCGUGUGUCGCGCCGUUCAAGAGCUGGCGUCGCCCGACAAUUUUCUGCGCAGUAGCUGCGUCGCCUCUGUCGCUUCCACGAAAGAACAGAGAAAUCGGCGAAACGACGAGAAAGAACACGCAACCGGACGAGCACCCAAAGACGACGCUAGCGAGAGAAGAGGAGAAAGAGAAGACAGGGAAGGAGAGGACAGAGAAAGAGAAGAAGAUGGCGAAGAAGACGGAGAAGCAGAUGAGGAUCAGGUGGGGUUGUUGACGGGGAAGAGAGUUCUCGAAGCACUGAAGGGGCUGGAGAGACACCUGACGAAUUGUUUAGCUCGCGAGUCGGAAGAAGAAAGAACCGAGGAUCUGCGGCUCGCUCUGAGGUGGUUCCGCCAGCGUUUGCUCGGCGAGGCGCGGCCGGGAGGAAAUACAGAAGCAGUUUUGGAUGUGAUUUUCAGUUCUUUCUGUGUCGGAAAAUAGAGACACACGCGUCGCGUUUUCGCCGCUACGCGAGGCAUUUGUCGACAGCGCGACAGGCGCUGGUGCACAGAGCUUCAGUUGAUCCUUUACUGCAUUCGGUGCGCGCACGAGCAGCAGCGCACUCGUCGUCCCGGCAGCGGGCCCUCAGUCUCUGAAAAUGGCGACUUCAAAGGGUCUUUCGGAGAAGAAAUUCCCCGCUUGCGUUUAUGUCUAUUUGGAAGGUGGAGUCGCCCACCAUGGUUGUUAAGUGACUGCGUAGAGCCAGUCCAGAAAGGAUUAAAAAAAACAUUGAUAGGGUCGUUCGGGGAAGAAGUCGUAGCGGCUUUAAGGCAGAUUCUUCGCGUUCAUUCCUUUGCGUAGGAUUGUGAGUGUGCGACGAACGAUGGAGGAGCUUUUGUCUACUCUCGCUAAGCCUCUAUGC